ACCUCCCCCCUCCCCAGUCAGGCUUCACCCUCAAUCCCUAGUACAUCUUUCAAUCGCCAUAUUGGGUACUGAGAAGGUUUGUCUGCCGUUCCUCUCACUCCGGACGGAUUGACAGAGCGGCUCCUGUUGCUGUGGACUCUGUUUUGAUGAUCUGCGGAGACGCUUUUCGGCUCCCAAACACGACGUGCGCAUGGAGGCAUAAGAGGUUUUACGCUCGUUUUGGAUACUGCUCAGCGACAAGGAGAUACCCGUUGUUUUUCAGCUGUGUGUUGUUCUUUUGGAAACUGGACGCUCCCCGGCUGUUUGAGGAAAAAAAUUGCCUUUCUUUGGGGGGGGAAAAAUGUCAGAUGUUCGGCUAUCUAACGGGAGCCCGACGCUGGAGCGCACGGAGCCCCGAGUGUCGGAUCCCCCGCAACCGUCGCUGUGCAGAAACCUCUUCGGCCCGGUGGAUCACCAAGAGUUAAAGAGGGAUUUAAAGAGACAUUUGCGGGAGAUGGAAGAGGCUGAUUCCGCCAGGUGGGGCUUCGACUUCGCCAAUCAUACGCCGCUUGCCAAUGGCAGGUUCGAGUGGGAAUUAGUGGAUUGUAAAGACGUCCCGAGUUUCUACAACAGGCAGCCGCGAAAGGAGAAGGGCGUCUGCUCCGCUGGGAAUAACAAUGUGGAUCUAAAUGGGAAUCAUAACUGUGUUGUUGGGGCCCCGAGUGCAGACAGCGACAGGUCUGACGCGCAGAUGGAGUGCACGGAGCAGUGCACUGGACGGAGGAAAAGACCUGCAUGUCACGACUCCUCGGUCUCCGAUGAGGUUAGCUUUCAAAGCCUGAGCCAUUCUGCAGAACACACACCCAGAAAGAUCAGUCCCAAGAGGCAAACGUGAGGGCGAGAUACGGGCUGAAGAUGUGUUCCCCCUCUUUACAUGGGGGAAACCUCAGUGUUGGCUGAAUUUUUUGCUAUUUUUAUUUUUAUUUUUUUGCUUGGAAGAAGAACUACACAGCAUCAGAAACAUAUCAACUCUCCUGAAGACGGGGGAGGACGCUGUUGAAGCACUGAAUAGAAACACUAAAGUUGUGGCACUCAAUUAAAAAAAAGUUACUGCCUCUAAAAGCAGUGUAUGUAGCAGUGUGCAAUUAGGUUUGAUUUCCUUUUUUGCUCCUUUUUUUACUACCUGUGUGUAAAUAAAUAUACUUAUUAUAAUAUUAUAUUUCUCUCCAAACGAGCACAUAAAAACAUUAUGAUUUGAACACAAAUCCUUUAUGUAAAAAGGUGUGAAUUUUUUUUUUUGAUUUGACUUGAAGAAUUGCAGUGUAGUUUGAUACAUGUUUCCAAAAUGCUGUUCUCCUUUUUUUUCCCUCUGAAAGGCAGUGUGACUUUAAUACAGUCCCUUAUUCUUUUACAUUUAAAACAAAAUCAUGGCUUCUCACAGUUUCUUAACAAUGUGUCUUCACUCCGUCAUCUUCCAAAACUUUGCAGUGAAGAACGGUACAAAUGUAGCUCAACUUAUGUCAUUUCUUUUGUUAUUUCUUUAUCUGUGUCACAAAGUGCAGGUUCUCCUCUAAGAUUUGUUCACCUGGGAGAUCAAAGGAGAAAAAAAACUAUAUCUCCACAAGGACCAUUGCCCAAUAUUUAUUUUGUGAACGGUGCAUGUAGCAUCAAUCCUGGAAUAUGAUUUUUGAAUUUUUCUCAAGUUCUCCUGCACACCUCAGCCACAUUUCAAGGUGUGUUUGCUUUCCUCUGGAGUUUUGAGGUACUCAGAUAUUGAAGGACAAAGACCAUACAUACAAACUGCACAGGAUGUGUUGUACACUCUCUUUUGACUGUUUUUCUUUUGUUUAACCAGCCUUAAUGCUCCUUAAAGAGAGGAAUGGGUUGAGUGUCCUACAAUACCAAAUACAUGGUUGCUUCAGUUGCCAGCAGCACAGCCUGUGCUCCUUUAGUUGACUUCACAUUGUGUUACUUUGUGAUAACCUCGACUUAAAUGACCAUGUAUGUUUGUGCUUUUUUUUCACCGAUGUUGUGAGCCUGCUGAGGAUGCAAAUGUGAGCGUCCAAAAGCUUCCCUUUAUUUGCCUAAAGUGUGGGUUAUAUUCAAAGAGACCAGUGUACACCUGAACACAGAGGAGAAAACAGCUCGUCUCAGAAAAUGCAGUCACCAUGCCUGUGUAUUUGUGUAUAUCUUUGCAAUGUACCUAUGUACAUAAUUUUGUAAAAACACUGAGAAAUUAUACUAACUUAUUUAUGUCAAGCUUUUUUUAUGUAGAAUAAAAAAAAUGGGUUUUUGA